AUGGCUGCUCGUCUCCCUCUGCUCUGGGCUCGUGGCCGCCGCGUCCUCCUUCUCGCCGUCGUGCUCUCCCAGCUCGGCGCGCUCUCGUGCCAGACCCUCCGCGGCUCCGUCACCUGCCUCGACUGCCCCGCGGGCCACCACCUCUCCGGUGUGGUCAUGGGGGUGGAAUGCAGCGGCGUCGACGGCGGCGGCGCGGGCCCGCACGUCGUGGCGCGGACGGACGGCGGCGGCAACUUCAGUGUGGCCGUGCCGGAGUCGGUGCCGGCCUCGCGGUGCGCAGCGAGGGUCCUCGGCGGCACGGAGCAGCUCUGCGCGCCGCAGAGGCUCACCGUCGCGCGUGUCGUCGCUGCCGGGCGGCCUGGCUCGUACGCGCUGGGAUCCCGCCUCGCUGUCUUCACAAGGUGUGAAGGAGUCGUCGCGACGAUGUCCGCCGGUGGUGGCAGCGGCCAGAGGUCACCCCCGACCCCGAGGCUUGCACCGCAGUUGCCCUCGCCCAGCGUGCCGCCGCUCGUUGGACGCAGCAGCCCACCCUACGGCCUGGGCAUCCCUCUCAUCUACGUCUUUCCUUUCAUCCCAAUCAUUGGCAUCCCCUAA